AUGCGGAACCAGCAGCAAGUUUCUCUGGCCUUACAGGCACGCAGAGCACGAAGGCCUUCUGACGACGAGACGCAGCAGCAGCAGCAGAUGCUGUUGCUGCAACACCAGCAGCUGCUGCAGCAGCAGCUGCUGCAGCAAAAACAUCUGCAGCAGCAGCAGCAGUCUCUCCUCUCGCGAGCAGCUGUGAGCCUGGGGAUCCCCGUCGAGUCUCGCGUGGCCCCUCUUCAGGAUGCAGCAGCAGCAGCGGCUGCUGCUGCUGCUGCUGCUGCUGCUGUGGCAGGUGCUGCUGCUGCACCCAGCGCCGGCAUCACUCCACGAGCUGCUGAACAAGCAGCAAUUGAAGCAGCAGCAGCAGCAGCAGAGUGCACACAUCGUGUGCGCGCGCGACUAUCUGCAGGUUCUUCUGCCUCCAGCAGCAGCGACGCUCCUGCAGCAGCAGCAGCAGCAGCUGCUGCUGCUGCUGUUGCAGCAGGCCAGGCGCUGCAGCACCGCGCCAGCUGCAGCAGCAGCAGCAGCCGCCGCAGCAGCGCCAGCAGCACGUGGCUGCCGACUCUUCUUGCGCCCUCUGGCAGCAGCAGCAGCAGCAGGUGUCCCUCAGAUGUGCACGUGAAGUACCACCCUCCCGCUGCUGCUGCUGCUCCCGCUGCUGCUGCUGCUGCUCCCGCUGCUGCAGCAGCUGCUGCUGCUCUAGGCUGCACUGCUGCUGCUGCUGCUGCUGACGCAGUUAGUCCUUGCUGCGUGCCUUCCCUGGUGGCCCCGCUGCGGCAUCAGCCACUGCAGCAGCAGGAACAGCAGCUGCUGCAGCAGGACCAGCAGCUGCUGCAGCAGCAUUGUCGCACACUGCAGCAGCAGCGGCAGCAGCAAGCGCUGCGGCAUGGGCAGCCCUUGCUGCUGCUGCCGUAUGCGGAGCCAGCGGGGACAGAGGCGGAGCCAAGAGAAGGCCAGCAGCAGCAGCAGCAGCAGCAGCAGCAGCACAGAGUUGCUGGGCUGCUGCAGCAGGAGCAGCAGCAAACUGAGGAGGAUUCGCCGCUGCGGCAGUUGCAGCCGCAGCUAGCCAGUCUUGAGGCCGAGCUCAAUCAGCUGCAGCUGCUGCAGCAGCAGCAGCAGCAGCAGCAGCAGAGGCAAGCUCACGCGUCAGGGCACAGUGUCCCAGAGCAGCAGCAGCAAGAGCAGCAGCAGCAGCAAGAGCAGCACCUGCUGCUGCCCUCGCAGACCUGCAGCGAUGCAGCAUGCGAAGCUUGUAAGCUGCUGCCAGAGUUUGCUGCUGAUGCCCUGCGGCUGAAGCAGCAGCUGGGCUUUUUGCUGCAGCGGCUGCGCAGCACCCGUGCAGCACCGCAUGCAGCAGCAGCAGCAGCAGCAGCAGCAGGGCCUGCAGCAGCAGCAGGAACUGCAGAAGGAGUAGGGCCCGCAGCAGCAGCAGUGCCUGCACUCGCAGCUGCACCUGCAGCAGCAGCAGCAGAGCCUGGAGCACCAGCAGCAGCAACUGCAGCAGCAACUGCAGCAGCAGCAACUGCAGCAGCAGCAGCAUUUGCAGCCCACGCACCACGGGGGUCCCCAGGUGGUGUUGGGCUUGUGGGUGCAGUGCAGCAGCAGGGCAAAUCGCGGCAGUUGCAGCAGCAGCAGCAGCAGCAGCAGCAGCAACAGCAGCUGCAGCAACAAGACCAGUUGCAGCAAAUGCAGCAGCAGCUAGCGCAGCAGCAGCAGCCCGAAGUGCUUUUGCAGGUGGAUCGUUUGGGGCUUCGUCAGACAGAGUUGCAGCAGCAGCUGCAGCAGCAGCUGCAGCAGCAGCGGCAGCAGCUGCAGCAGCAGCACGAGCUGCUGCAGCAGCAACGCCAGCUGAUACAGCAACAGCAGCAGAAGACUGAAAAGCUGCAGCAGCAAGUAGAAUUGUUGCAGGGGCAGCAGCAGCAAGUGCUGCAGCAGCUGCAGCAGCUGCAGCAGCUGCAACAAACUGCCCAAGAAGAAAACGCACAGCUGCAGGCAGCGCUGCUGUACUUUGUGACUGAGCACAAGCAGCAGAAGCAGCAGCUGCUGCUGCUGCAGCAACAGCCUGCUGCUGCUGCUGCUGCUGCAAGUGCUGCUGCACGGGUCUCUGCGGCUCGCGGCGCGAAGGGAAGCAGCAGCCACAAGCGCCAACUGCAGCAGCAGCAGCAGCAGCAGCAGCUGCUGCUGCUGCUGUCUCCUUCAAGCAAUGCCAGCAGCGCAGCUAGCAGCUGGGUCCCCACAGCAACAACAGCAGCAACAGCAGCAUCUGAGGAUCUGCUGCAGCAGCCUCUGCUGCAGCGGCAGCUGCGGCAGCAGACUGACAGCAAUAAGGCAGCAGCAAGUGCUGCUGCUGCAGUAGUGAAGUCCACUCCAACUCGCAGUGAAGCCAGAGCUGCUGCUGCUGCUGCUGCUGCGCAGCACCGCCACCGCAGCAGCAGCAGCAGCAGACUAAGCGUGCCCAGCGUUUGCAUAUCUGAUAGCGACUGA